CGCAGUUCAGCCCGAGCAUCAUCCCAUUCAACAGGAGGCAGCGCCCGUGAUCAUCAUGGCCAAGGAGCGGCCAGAGAAAGCCGAUGAGACCGAGCAAAUGAUAGAGAGAGAAGUGGGAAAGGAGGCGGCAGAGGGAGGAGGAGCCGGGGAUGGCAGAGACAUGAGAGCCGUGUUACUCUCCGGCUUUGGUGGGCUCAACAAACUGAGGGUGGCCCGGAAAGUGAUGCCUGAACCACAGGAGGGAGAGCUGAAGAUCCGGGUCAAAGCCUGUGGUCUAAACUUUAUUGAUUUGAUGGUCCGGCAAGGAAAUAUUGACAAUCCUCCAAAAACACCGCUGGUUCCUGGUUUUGAGCUUUCUGGGAUUGUUGAAGCCAUUGGAGGAAAUGUUACUGGCUUUGAGAUAGGUGACCGAGUUAUGGCUUUUACCAAUUACAAUGCAUGGGCAGAGGUUGCAUGCACACCUGCAGAGUUUGUCUAUAAGAUCCCUGACGACAUGAGCUUCUCUGAAGCCGCCUCUUUCCCUAUGAACUUUGUCACAGCCUACAUGAUGCUGUUUGAAGUGGCCAAUCUCAGAGAAGGAAUGUCUGUUCUGGUCCAUUCUGCUGGUGGUGGAGUGGGACAAGCAGUGGCACAGCUCUGUUCCACCAUUCCCAAUGUAAGAGUUUUUGGGACUGCUUCAUCCUUUAAACAUGAGGCUAUUAAGAAUUCUCUCACUCAUCUUUUUGACAGAAAUGCAGAUUAUGUCCAGGAAGUUAAAAGAAUUUCUCCUGAUGGAGUAGACAUUGUUCUAGACUGUUUAUGUGGUGAAAACACUGGAAAAGGCAUUGGUCUCCUUAAACCACUGGGAACAUAUAUAUUAUAUGGCUCAUCCAAUAUGGUAACUGGAGAAACUAAAAGCUUCUUCAGUUUUGCUAAAUCGUGGUGGCAAGUGGAAAAAGUGAAUCCCAUCAAGUUGUAUGAAGAAAAUAAAGUAAUGGCUGGCUUCUCACUCCUAAACCUGCUUUUCAAACAAGGUCGUGCUGGAGUUAUAAAGGGGGUGGUAGAUAAACUUCUUGCACUGUAUAACCAGAAGAAAAUUAAGCCUUUGGUUGAUUCAUUAUGGGCGUUGGAAGAGGUUAAAGAAGCAAUGCAGAGAAUCCAUGAUAGAGGGAAUAUUGGAAAACUUAUCCUGGAUGUUGAAAAAGCUCCAACCCCUUUGAUGGCCAAUGACAGUACAGAAACCAGUGAAGCAGGAGAAGAAGAAGAAGACCAUGAAGGAGACACUGAGAACAAGGAACGCAUGCCUUUCAUCCAGUGAGGAUAUCCUGAGAAAGUCUUAUGGCAAUUUAUGAAUCUGGAAACUCUACUCUGUGCAUCAUUGAACAAACCUGCUGUAGUACAGUGUGUGUUGUAUUUGUCUGCAGUCAGCUGAGCUCUAAGCUGUUGAACAAUGUUGUUUUUGAUGUGGCAGUAAAUGUCUAGUUGGCAGCCUUUAGUGGGGCUAGCAUAGCAUGGAAUAGGCUUAUAGAGUUGUUCCUGUGAACAUCCACUCUCUGGAUUCUCAAAUCCUCUGCAGCCAAAGGCCCUAAGAACCAAAACAAUUAAUACGAAAAUUCCAGAGGUUUAGCCACUGUGGUAGCAAAAGCUAAUGGCUGAUACUGGUGGCUUACAUUCCAACUAAAUGUUGCCAAUAAGCAGAACUGCCGAUAUAACUAAGUGCCAAUCCCUGUUCAGUAUUAAUGUGUUUCAUAUUGUGACCAAUAACCACCCAUUCCACCCACUUCUUAGCCCAAAUUAGUUAACCAAUUUGGUGCUUUAAAAAGAAAGUCCUGUUUGUGUUCUGAAUUGCUUAAUCUAAUUAAGAGCCUUACCAUUUUUUUUUUAAAUCUAAUUGGAUUAUUACAGUUUGUAAACCAUAAUUCCACUAGAAGACAGGAGAAUGAGUGUUAAUUUGUAUUACCAAGUUCAGUAUCCUUGUUAUAACUAACAACAUAAAUCAAACGUUGGGGGAUUUUUGUACCAAUUAACUGCCCACUGCUUCCACAUGAGAAAAUACCUCAUUUCAUAGAAUUAGCAGGCAGCAGAGUUAUUUCAAAGCUAUAUUAAUUAUAUUUAGUAUCAACACUGAGUCAGCUUAAAUUACGUUAAUCAGGGACUAAAUGGAACCGAUGGUGUUUUAGCUCUGUAUUAUCCUAGAUAAGAAAGUGCUAGAUAGAAGAGGAACCAUAAUAAACAAAACAAAACUACAUAAAUAUGGUAAAUUAUCUAAAUAUUACACAGAAAAGGUAACCCUAGUCUUUAUAUAAUUGGGCUGAUAUAUGAAACUAUAUAAAAAUACUACUGAUAUAUGAAACUAUAUAAAAAUACUACAAAAAACUACAAAAAUUUUGCACCAAGUGUUGUACCACAAAGCAAACAAUGAUAUGUUUGUGUCCCAAAAGCUGACUAGUAAAUACUUGCUGAGCCCUGCUAUAGGUUACUAGGUCUGAUGCAAAAAAAAAAAACUAAGCUUAAUGGUGAGGUUUUUAUCAAAGGGAAAAUACAAAUAAAAAGCUCACUCCCCUCCCCCCAUCCCCACUAGAAUACAUUCAGUUCAUCAGGAAAAGGACAAGAGAAGACCACCAAAUAACUGCUUCAAAAUAUUGGGUAGUUUGGUAAAACAGUAUACACAAGUACCCUAGCCUACCUUUUCCUGUUAAAGCCGUAAAUAAGACAACACUCAAAUGCUCAGGGGUUUAGUAAAGUCACCAACACCAUUUAUACUACAAUCAUUGGAACAAAAUCAGUGUCUUUUAAUUACUACAUCUUAUAACUUGUCAUAGAAUAGUACUACAGCCUUAAGUCACUGUCACUCCCAGAAGAAACCAUUUGUGCCCAACAGUAUGGCUUGUAUCACAUAUAUUACAAAAAUAAGUAAAGACAAGGAAUCUUGUGAAAUCAAAUAUGUUUGUUGUGGAGUAUGGGAUUGUUAAGAGUUUAUAAUCAUGAUUCCAACAUGUUUGCACUACAUCCAGUUAUAACUAAUGGGAUAUAUUGGGGUGUGGGUGUUAAUAGUCUAAGCAGAGAGAAAUCUCUCAAAUUCUCAAAAUAUUUGGGAAUGUGUAUUUAUGAUCUAAAGUACCAAAUUUUUAGCACUAAUACCAAAUGUAUUUCAACCGCACAGUAUUAAUUAUUCUGUAAAACUCUGCUAAGUCCAUAUGAUAGCUCCAUAGGUGAAGACCACUAAAACACAAUGGAGUAAAUAUUGCUUCAUAAUACUUUGUAAAGAAUAUGAAUUCCGUAGAAAUCCACAGAACAUAACCAGUGUGUUGUAAUGCUGGUGUGGUGAAGCCAUUUUCAGAGCCUGACCUUACUUUUCAGACAGAGUAAGUCUAAAAGUAUGUCCACUAUUUUCAUUACACUGGAUUCUUUUCACUAGCUGUUUUCUCUGUUUGCCUUAAUUCUUUCUAUAUUACUUAAUCUGCAACUGAAGCCAACGUGAAAUAGAGUGAGACAUUGUUUGAUUGUCUUUGUUGCUAUAGAGCUUUUGUUAUCUUGUGCCUACAAAACUGUUUACAUGAAAAAAUAACAUAUAUAAAAUGAUCAGCAUAG